GUUUAAGUUCACCACAUUCAUAUCAGACCAAGCAGCUGGUGACUUGGUUUAAAGUCUUUACAGAAACAGAACAAGAUGAAAACUUUGCUUUUGUUGCUUCUCUUCUGUCGUGUUUCAUCAACCGUGAAACACUCACUGAUAUAUUACGUCACUGGAUUCUCUGGAGUCUCAAACCUUCCAGAACUUCUGGUUGUUGUGAUGGCUGAUGACAUCCAGACUGUGUACUGUGACGGCAUCAACAGGAUAUUAGAACCAAAAGUGGACUGGCAGAAAAAAAUCUUUGAAAAUGAUCCUCAACAAUUAAAGAUGCACACUCAUUAUUGUUUUAUGCAUUAUCCUGACCUCUUCAAAAUCACAAUGUUCAGUCUGAAGCAGAUCUUCAACCAGAGUGAAGGUGUUCACACUUUACAGCUUAUGAAAGGCUGUGAAUGGGAUGAAGAGACUGGAGAGAAUCGUGGUUUCAUGCAGUACAGUUAUGAUGGAGAAGACCUCAUUGUGUUUAAUCUGAAGACAUCAACAUGGAUCGCUCCAAAACCUCAGGCCGUCUCCACCAAAAUGAAAUGGGAUUCAGACAUAGCUAGAAUAAAAUAUUAUGAGAAGUUCCUCACUCAGAUUUGUCCUGAUUGGUUGAAGAUGUUUUUACACCAUGGGAACAGCUCUCUGUUGAGAACAGCUCUCCCCUCAGUGUCUCUCCUCCAGAAGACUCCCUCCUCUCCAGUCAGCUGCCACGCUACAGGUUUCUACCCUGACAGAGCCAUGAUGUUCUGGAGGAAAGAUGGAGAGGAGAUUCAUGAAGGAGUGGAACAUGGAGAGAUCCUCCCCAACCAUAAUGGAUCCUUCCAGAUGAAUGUUGACCUGGACAUUUCAUCAGUCUCACCUGAAGACUGGAGGAGGUACGACUGUGUGUUUCAUCUCUCUGGUGUGGAGGACGACAUCAUCACCAAACUGGAUGAAACACAGAUCAGAACCAACUGGGAGAAGUCCGAGAACAUGACCUCCAUCAUCAUCAUCAUCUCUGCAGUGGUUGUUGUUGUCGUCGUCUUUGCAGCAGCUGCUGGAUUCAUGGUUCAUAGAAAGAAACAAGACCAAAAGGCUCCACUUGAUAAUGAAGACAGCUCUGAACUCUCUGAGAGACUGGAUCCAGAAACCUAGCUGUCAAAUUUUCUAUGGGAUCAUCUUCACUAACUUCAUGUCAGUUGUUGAAUAGAUUUGUUCUAUUUUAGAGUUCACCAUAACUUAACACUACUUCUCUUGAUGAUUUAAUAUUCUCUCUGUAAGGUCUGUAUGGAUGAGGAAGUGGAAUUUUCAACAAGCUUCUUCAUUCCUCUCCCACAGUACAUAUACAUAUACUGUGUGUGAAACUGCCUCUUUUCAAAGUUUAUAUUAAGUUGGGUCUAAUUCUGUGCUAAUUCUAAGUCUGUGUGUUUACAUUCACAGUUUAAUCAACAAAAUAUUCUGAAUGCAGUCCCUGUACAGUACCAAAACAUAAUUAAUGACUCCAAGUUCCAUUCAGACCUGAUGAUGAUGAUGAUGAUGAUGAUGAUGAUGAUGAUGAUGUUUAAAUGUGAGCUCACCUGAACUCUCACAGCAGUGACUUGUUCUCUUGCAGCUCAGUGUAUUGAUUGAACUUUAAUGUGUAUGAAGAUCCUAAUGAAUAUGUUUAAAUGCUGAACCAAUCAUCUGAGCUGGUCUUAGUUCAUACUGUGAUAUAGGUUGACCUGACAGCUGACUGUGAGCAGCUCUAUCACUACUGUUGUUCUUUUAGUUAACUUUAAAGAUAAUCAUCAGUUUGUAUGUGGAAUUACUGUCUUGAUGAAUAAAUCUGUUUCUGGAUCUUC